AUGGCCAAAAUCUCGGCAUGGCGACAUGGAGAUCGAACACCAGCUGCGUCAGUACCCUUUUGUGAUUCAGGUACUUGGAGCGAAGGGCUGGGAGAGCUGACCAAGAAGGGAAUUGCACAACAGUAUCGCCUCGGUAAAUGGCUGCGUGCUCGUUAUGGGAAGUGGUUAGGAACUUAUUUUGAUCGCAGUCAGGUUUUUGUACGAAGCAGCGACUAUAAUAGAACACUGAUGUCGGCGCAAGCAAAUAUGGCUGGUCUGUUUCCUCCAUCGAAAUCUGAAAUGUGGGAUACGGGACUGGCUUGGCAACCAGUGCCCAUUCACUCUUUUCCAAGAUCAAUCGAUAAGGAGCUUUACGAAGACAUCGAGUGCCCUACGGCAGCAGCAGAGUUCAGCAAAGUAUGGAAAUCAGGUGUGGUAAGCAAAAUGGAGUUGGAAAACCAGGAUCUUAUUACAUAUCUACGAAAGCACUCUCAAGUCCCGAAGUUUCAAUUCUACAUGUUGUGGAUGAUAUACGACAACCUUUUUUGCAUGCUUCAACAUAACGACACGCAUUCUUGGCCCCCUUGGAUGAAUUCAACAUUGUUUAGCCGCGUGCAAAAGCUCUAUGACGCUUCUUCUCGAAUGAAAUAUCACACCGAAGUGUUACGCCGUCUGCGAGGAGGUGAGCUAGUUGUGCAUAGGAGAGCCAUUCGUACUAUUGUGAACAUUUCCUUCGCGGAAGGUCGAUGUUUUGAUGUUUUUUCAAAUUAUAAUGUGAGUUCUGUGUACCAGCCAAGAAUAUGCAACACAUAAUU